UAAAGUACAAACAAAGAUGGCCGACAUUAGGCUUGAAGUCCCUGCCGAAAAUUCUGUUUUAGAAGUACUUUAUGAUGGCACUGAACUAUAUCAACAGCCUCCGACUAUGUCGGAGAAUCUCACUCAGCUGGCAAGAAAGAUAGACUUUGCAGCUCCCUUUCAGCAGCCUCAUUGGCCAUUAGAAGGUGUGAGGAACAAAAUAAGACAGGCACUGACAGAGAUGUCUGUCUUACAUGAUUUGUUAGUCAUUGUCAAGCAGAAGCCUGCCCUCUACAUGGUUUUAGAUCCAGUGCAUGCAGAAACUCCA